CCAGUUCAGCAGCCUGUUUCCUUGUUGCUCUGAUGGUGUGUGUACAGACUGUGUGUGCUGUGUGAAGGGGAAAAGCUGUGGCUUUGUGGAUCUCUCUGCUCUGGCUGGAGGAGGAGUGGAGGAGCAUCAGGAGGAGGGUGUGUGAGGGAGAGGGGAUCGAGGUUUCAGGGGGUUGGGAGAACAUCUUCACCGGUGGAGAGAGAGGAUUCAGGCAGCUCCAUACUGAUGCUGAGUCAGAGACAGGUGGAUCCGUGGGCCUUUGUCUCUGGAGCCUCGGGAGAAGAUGGAGGAGCUGGAACACACCUGCCCUCAUCCUCGGACGACUCUCACAGAACCCGCCAUAUUUGCCCAGGAGACGAGCUGCGAGUGUCGAGCGCCCCAUGAGAAGCUGAGUGUUGAACAGGCUCGACUCGGCACUCCCGUGGACAGGCCUGUGCGCGUCUAUGCAGAUGGGAUUUUUGAUCUUUUCCACUCCGGUCACGCCCGAGCGCUGAUGCAGGCCAAGAACCUCUUCCCCAACACGUACCUGAUAGUCGGAGUUUGCAGUGAUGAACUCACUCACAAGUACAAGGGCUUCACGGUGAUGACGGAGGAGGAGCGUUACGAAGCGUUACGGCACUGUCGCUACGUGGACGAGGUGGUGAGAGACGCUCCCUGGACCCUCACGCAGGAGUUCCUGGAGAAAUACAAGAUUGACUUUGUGGCGCAUGAUGAUAUCCCAUACUCCUCGGCUGGAUCUGAGGAUGUGUACAAACAUAUAAAGGAAGCAGGGAUGUUUGUGCCCACUCAAAGGACAGAAGGGAUUUCCACGUCUGACCUGAUCACUCGUAUCGUGAGAGAUUACGACGUUUACGCCAGACGCAACCUGGAGCGCGGCUACACGGCCAAGGAGCUGAACGUCAGCUACAUCAACGAGAAGAAGUACCGUCUGCAGAACCAGGUGGACAGGAUGAAGGAGAAGGUGCGGACGGUGGAGGAAAAGUCCAAACACUUCGUGUACCGCGUGGAGGAGAAGAGCCACGACCUUAUACAGAAAUGGGAGGAGAAAUCCCGCGAGUUUAUCGGGAACUUCCUGGAACUCUUCGGUCCUGAUGGCACGUGGAAGCAGAUGUUUCAGGAGCGCAGUGGCCGUAUGAUCCAGGCGUUCUCUCCCAGCGGAUCUCCGAGCAGCAGUCCUCCCAGGGAUUUCUCUCCAUCCCGCUCUCCCUCUCCUCCGUCCCGCUGGGUCAUGCCGAGAACCUCGCCUCCCUCUUCUCCCAAAGGCGCCUCGGCCUCCAUCAGCAGCAUGAGCGAGGGAGACGAGGACGAGAAGUGAGGAUGAGGAGCGGGGACGAGGAGCGAGGACUCACUCACCCAAAACACCUCACACACACACACACACACACACACACACACACACACACCUUUCGUCUUUACCUGUACACUCCAGCAGUGACGAGCUUCACGAGUCUCCUCAUGGGGAAAAAAAAAACAAAAAACGUGUAAAUAUUCUGUAUGCAAUACGAGAUCGAUCACGUCCUCUUGAGCUUUUCCGAUUUUAACGAGUUCAUAUGAAAGCCAUUGAUUUAUUCUCUUUAGCAGAGAGGAGAUGGAGGCGAGGAGUGUGUGAGUGAUUUGCCUUUUCUUGCUCAGGUUUGACUGAAAUGUAAAGACCGUCCGUGUGAAGUACUGUACAUCUCUGUCUGAGGUUUUUAUUUGCAUAUUUCAAGACAGAGACACUUUAAGCUAUUCAUUCUGUUUGUUAUUAUCCUCCAUAUCAUUAAAGGAACAGUUUGGACAAAUAAACCCCAAAACGUCCACAGCGUCCCUCUUAAUGCCUAAUCAGCGCAGUGGAUCAGCUGAGACGUCUUCAGUGUCCGACGUCUGCUGCUUUAGUUUCGCGCUGAAGCUCCGAGGUCUGUUUCACAGAGACCGCGAUUCACGACUUCACCAAGACUGACACCUGAAUCGAAAUUUUCUCAAUUCUAUGCAAAUUAGAUAAGACGCUCUAAAGAUAAUGUAAGACAAAUCCAAACGAUCGAUUCGAUCGAUUCCUCGGACCAGUCCUGCGCUUGGUGCGGUGCGACGUUUCUUCACUUCCCCACUCACAACUUUAGUUCUUACCUGCGAAUAGAUCCCACAAAAAAAAUGGAAGAAGACCUUAUAACUGUGGUUUCAUCUUAUCCUGUCAUAUGUGACCUUACGUUAAAUGAGUAUAGAGAAAAUUAUGUAGGAAAAUAAAUCUUGGAAGGAAGUAGCAGAGAUCUUUGGUGCUUUUGGUGAGUGUAUAUAGCUAGAGAAUUAGCUCGCUAAUCUAAUCUAAUUGCUAAUCUAAUCUGAGAAUGUAACGUAAAUCAAACAACUGAUUUUCACACUGAUUAGUGUUAUUUAAAUUGUGUUUUACUAGCUACCUUUAGAAGCGAAAUAUAGCUACUAGAUCUCAAACAAAAACAAAAACGAUGGACAGGCCACGCCCAAAUAAUAGCGAUAAUAAUAGCUCUCGUGACACUUUGGUCUGAUUAUAAAUUCAGGAAGCUGAUAUUAAAUAAGCUAAAUCACUUAUAAAUGUACAAACUCCGCCUUCAGACCUCAGGCCACGCCCCUUACCCGAGCCUGAUCCUGGUGCGGAGUGAGUUCAAGAUCUUACGAUACGAUUCGUUUCGAUCGAGGAAAUGCCACUGUAGGAUGAUUUUCACGUGCACAUUUAGUGCACAGUGCUAAACUGGAAGCCAUAAGGUUCCAUUAUUUGUUAGCAAUAUUAGCAAAAAAAAAAAAAAAAGAGCAAUGGUCAGACACUUAGCGUAACAUCUCAGCUGAUCGAAAACUCUGCAUUUUCACUUUUGUCCAACCUGCUCCUUAAAAAUUGUACAUCUGCAUCAACAUGUGUCCUGUUAAUGUUACUGCUACCUCCACAUCCUCCUCCUGCUUUUGUCUGCGAUCAAAUUCACGUCCAAAAUCAGGAGAAAGACGAGAUUAUGGGUGGGAAUGUUCAGACAGACGGCUCACGUGUCUUGAUGGAAUGCCAAAAUGUACAAGCACUAAACCGUUAAAACUAAUCACUAGCGCUGACGUCGCCGUGCUGUAAACGCUAAUGCUAACGCUAACGCUAACACGAUGCUCGAUCGAGAUGUCGCAUUAAAUGCACUGGAUGCAAACUUGCACUGUGUACAAACCCGUGUACAGACGUGUCGUUUUGUUCACGUGUUAUUUUAUACCUGUAUCUCGAAAAUGACUAAAAAUGUGAAUGAAGAAUAAAGGAGUGGGAAAAUGGAGACGUCUGGAUGGAUGAUGCGUGUGGAAAAAUGCGGAAGAAGAGCAGCAAGACGAGGCGGUUGAGACGGUUUUAUUAAAGUCUGAAGUGGUCACACUGGAUGAUGGAAUAAACAAUAAACCACAAUAAACCACAAGAACACAACAAAGGCAUAAUAUCAGGUGAAUUAUUCAGAUCUGCUUUUACGCAAUUAACACGGGAACCGCGACGAUCCGAAAACACGUGAAGCCUAACGCUGGCUAAAAGCAUGCUGGGAAAUCCAGCGCUCUGAUAAACCAGUGGGAAUGUUUUCUGAAUUUUUUUUGUGCCGUUAUAGGAAACUAAUCAACGAAGUGGAUUUUACUGUAACCACCGUGAAGCUGAUUAUAUUCCUAUAAGUGUUUUAUUCCUCUUAUACCACAGCGGUUUGCCAGCGGUUACUCAUUUUUUACUCAUUAAAGAACGACAUGUUAUACUUUUUAUCUGUUUAUAGUUACAUGUACAUAAUGUUCACGAAACAUGUUAGUUCCUGUUCUCACUUACGUUACAGCAGCUAUAAACAAACUAAAACAAACAACAACAACAACAACAAAAAAAAAAACAA